AAUCGAUGCUCCCGGUAUUCGCGCUCUUCUGUUGACAGCACGCACUAACUGGCUUUUAAAGUUAGAAGUAAGACCAGUAAUCUAGUAUUCUUUGCCAAUACAAGAGAUACGCUCACGUUUCACGAUUCACGAUUCAGUCAAGUGAUAUUCUUUAGCAUCGUGAACACUAAACGCUCUGGCAGAAACGAGUAUGGACAGUUUGAGACUGUGCGGGGAAAAGAUGCUAAACAUCAAGAAGUUGUGGAUAUAAACGGACAGGAGAACAGAGCUUAUUCCUAAUAUCCUAUGGCUUGAAGUUUCAGGCUUCUUUCCUGGCACAUGGAAUUCCUCACAGAGUAUCCCUACAAUGACACUUAUUAUGACAAUGGGACCGGGUCCCUCAACAGCACAAGCUGUGAGGCCAAGCAUCAGUAUAACUACUAUGCCCUGCUCCUGACUCUCCUCAUCUUUGUCAUUGUCUUCGGCAAUGUGUUGGUGUGUAUGGCAGUCUCUCGAGAGAAAGCGCUGCAGACCACCACUAAUUACCUCAUUGUCAGCCUGGCGGUGGCAGAUCUUCUCGUGGCCACAUUAGUUAUGCCCUGGGUGGUGUACCUUGAGGUGGUGGGGGAGUGGCGUUUCAGUAAAAUCCAUUGUGAUGUGUUCGUCACCCUGGACGUCAUGAUGUGUACAGCCAGCAUUCUUAAUCUGUGUGCCAUUAGUAUUGACAGGUACACGGCUGUUGCUAUGCCGAUGUUGUACAACACACGCUACAGCUCCAAGAGACGAGUCACGGUAAUGAUCUCGGUGGUUUGGGUGCUUUCAUUCGCUAUUUCCUGCCCUUUGUUAUUUGGAUUAAAUAACACAGCUACACGGGAUGAUACCAUGUGUGAAAUUGCCAACCCCGCUUUUGUUGUCUAUUCCUCCAUCAUGUCAUUCUACGUGCCCUUCAUCAUCACCCUUCUUGUGUACGUGCAGAUCUAUGUGGUUCUUCGUAAGCGUCGAAAACGGGUCAACACUAAACGGAGCUGCCAGAAGACAGACGCUGAUGCUAAGCCCCCUCUCAAGGAAAAGUGCACACAUCCUGAAGAUGUGAAACUGUGCACAGUUAUCAUUAAGACCAAUGGAGGUUUACCUGCCAAAAACAAGAAAGCACAAUUAAUAAAGGAAGUCCUGCACCAGGGUGGUGAUGUGAGGGUGGACGUUACGCCAGGCACAAGCUCUCCAGAGAAAAAGAAAUUGGAAUCCACUCUGGUCGUUGACCUGCUGGCCAACCCAAGACCCAUCCAUGGCCCGCUCUCCCACAGUGAAUGUCAGUCAAAUGGAGAUGAUAAAAAUGGGCAUGCCAAGGAGGUCCACACCCCUAAAGAAGCCAAACUUGUUGAAACACAGGCACUGCACAAUGGCAAAACCCAAACUACAGUGACCAAAACCAUGAGCAAGAGAAAGAUGUACCAGCAUAAAGAAAAGAAGGCUACACAAAUGCUGGCUAUUGUUCUAGGUGUUUUCAUUAUUUGCUGGCUGCCCUUUUUUAUUACUCACAUUUUGAAAACUCACUGCACAAGUUGCGUGGUGCCACUGGAAAUGUACAAUGCCUUCACUUGGCUGGGAUAUGUGAACAGUGCCGUCAACCCCAUCAUAUAUACCACUUUCAAUGUGGAGUUCAGAAAGGCUUUCAUAAAGAUAUUGCACUAAUGAGGACAUUAUUCACUGCAUGCAUAUAGGAGGAAAGAUGGAGGAUUUCACAAGAGGUUAGUGCCAUCUUUCACCGCCAUGGGAAAUGAGGGAUUUACAAAGCCAUGCUUUUAGGGCAGAACGGAUGAAUUCAUUUGAGAAAAUGGAAGUUCAAAUUAAUGUAAAGUACAGUUUUAUUUGUGUGUCUCCAUUAUUUCUGGCAGUGGAGUGCAUGUGCGAAUGUGUGUUUAUUCUCUCUGGAACUACAGUGUGAAUGUAAUUAAUUGUAGAAUUGAAGCAAAUUUGAGAUGGUGAGUAAUUGGAUCUCACCACAGAGACUUUAUGCAACCAGGGACCUGAAUGUCAUAAUUACAUCGUUAUGUUAAGUUAGUGGGGAGCAUCUG